AUGUCUUCCAGCUCUUCGAUUAAUUCUUCCUCGAAUAAAAUUCUUUCGGAAGACCACCGUGAGUCCUCGGAGCCGAGCUCCUCUUCUUCAAACCCUCAGCAGUCAAGUUCAUCACGGGAAAAAAGCAAUCUUCCCCAAUUAGUUCGUAAGAACUCUAAAUCUGCGGAAGCUAGCAGCAGCCGUGCUAGAGUCAAAAUUGAAGCUACCGAAGAUCUGACUGCAGAGGCUCGCGAAACGGAGGCUCGGGCUGGACCGAACGUUGAUGCUAACACCCCCGAGAUCGAGGAGAUCGAGGAAGAAUUUCAGGGGGAGAACGCUGCUGAUACUGAAGUCGACAACAUUGAAGCGGUUAUUCAUGCUUCGCCACCACUUCCGAGGCGGAAAGUAGUUCGUCCCGACAACGUGCCCUCUUGUUCCCUUUCUCCUGGUGCCGUUCGAGCCGUGCUCGAGGCAAACGGUCUUGCGGACAAGAUUAUUUUCAUCAUUCCGGAGGCUAGAGAUCGGCCGUGGGACGCUCCCGAAGGCUUCCUUUGCGUCUACCUGACGUACUUCACUCAGUGCGGGCUUUCUUUCCCCAUUCCCUCUCGCCUACUGGGAUACUGCAAUCGGCGCGGCGUAGCUCUCACACAGGUGAUGCCGGCCUCAAUAACGAACUACGUUGGGUUCGUUUCCUUAUGCGACGAGCUUGGCGAAGUCCCAUCGAGUCGAAUUUUCGAAGACCUCUUCUCGGUCAAUAUCCAUAAGUCCAAGGAGUGGUUCUUCGCCGCCAAUGCCAAGCCGAAGAAGAAUUUAGUUAUGGGACCUAAGCCCAGAAAAUUCAACGAUUGGGAGUCCCAGUACUUCUAUAUUGAAAUGAACGAUCUCACCGUCAGCAAUUCUGACAUCGAAAUUCAGUCGAAUUGGAAGAUUCCGAUUGGUCGUCAUCUUCCGAGUCUCCUUCUCAACUCCGGACUCACCUCUGAGUUCGGAGAAGCAUUCAGCGAAGCCGGUAAACGUCGUUGGCCGGAGGUUUGGGAAGAAAUCCUACAACGUCGAGCUAAGAAAGCGGGCUCCGUUCGAGAACCAAAACCACGCAAGCCGAGAACUCGAGCUAGCAAGCCUCGAACCGCUCCCAAACGCCAAUCACUGAAGUCGCGAACUCAAAACUCCCGAGCUGCCAGGAUGCUUUCCAUUGACGAAAUCCCAACUCUCUUCGGUGAAGAGGAAACGGAGGUUGAUCAGAGGAAGACGAAGAAGAAGAAGUCUUCGAAGAAGAGUAAGAAAGCAGAGGACUCUUCUCGGGUGCAAGAUACUCCCGCCGAGCUCGAUCCACCGACAGCUGUGGCGUCGGGCCUCGCGCUCUCGCAAGAUCGAGUUGAAGCUUCACACUCCCGAAAAAGGCAAACCAGAGACCAUGUCGAGGGCUCUCAAGAGCACGGGCCGGCUAAGAGAGUCCGAGUUUGUUUUGACUACGACGAGGAGACUCCUUUUGAGGAGAACAUAGAUGCCUGCGCCGAGCUCUAUCAUAAGAUCUCCUCGGAGGUACCUAGCCUUCCCUCGGUUCCCAAGCUCCGGUUUCCCAACAUGUACAAGGGAAUCGCUCACACGACUGCUGUGCUGUUCGACGAGCAAGUAAGGGUCUCCGAGCUCGAAGAAAGGAUAGCCAAAGCAGAGGAGCGUCUCGCCACUGAGCUCCAAAUCAACGAAACUCUGCACUCUCAAGUUGACUUGCUGAAAAAGGAGAGUGCAGAGCUGAAGGCGGUGAAAGACGAGCUCACCGAGGCCUAG